AUGCUUUCCAGAAGAUUGGCAUCUAUUCAAUCCACUAGAGGUUACGCCACUAAGGUCACCGCCACUGCCGCCGAAGGUAGAGUUUCCACCUUGACCGUCAAGGUGAACGCUGGUUCCAGAUAUGCCACCAAGGAUGGUGUUUCCCACUUGCUUUCCAGAUUCAACUUCCAAAACACCAGAUCCAGAUCUGCCUUGAGAUUGACCAGAGAAUCUGAGCUCUUGGGUGGUGUGUUCUCCUCCACUGUUGACAGAGAUGCCAUUUACUUGUCUGCCAACUUUUUGAAAGAGGGUCUCCCAUACUACGUUAACGCAAUUGCCGAUGUCUUGUACAAGACCUCUUUCAAGCCACACGAACUUCCAGAGAUUGUCUUGCCAGCUGCCAAGUACGACUUGACCACCGCUCUGGCCUCCCCAUACUUCAAGGCUAGCGAAUUGUUGUACUCUGCCUCCUUCAGAAACGGAUUGGGUAACCCACUCUACUACGACGGUGUCGAAAAGGUGACCUUGGAUGACAUCAAGGCAUUUGCCGACAAGGUCUAUGUCAAGGACAACGUUGAGAUCAUUGCUAAGGGUGUUGACGCCAAGGCUCUCAAUGGUUUCGUCCAGGACUCUGCCUUGAGUCAGCUCCCAGCUGGUGCUUCCCUCGCUGCUACUUCCACACCAAAGUUCUACGAAGGUGUUGAAGUUAGAGAGAGAGCUGUUGGUGAGUCCAUCUCUGCUAUUGCUGUUCCAGUUAAGCCAGCAGACUUUGCCACCUAUGAAGUUUUGGCUGCUUAUUUGACAUCACCAUUGUCUGAGCUUUCACAAUCCAUCUCGUCUGCCUCCUUUGAGAAGUACUCCCAAGCUGGUCUCUUCUCCUUGUACGUCAAGGGUGAGGCUUCUGCUGUUGCUUCUAGCAUCAAGAAGGUUGUCUCUGCUUUGAAGGGCGGUGUUAACCUCUCAUCUGCUACUGGCUACGCUGCCACCAAGUUGGCCUUGGCUAACGAAAGUGCCGUGAUUGCAUCUGAGAUUGAUGUCGCUAACGUUAAAGACUUCAAGCUGGGUAAGUUCAACUACGUUGCUCUUGGUGACGUGCACAACUUGCCAUACGCCGAUGAGUUGUAA